AUGGCAACCCGGGGCAAGCGCAAGGCUGAACCCGAGGAGGAAGAGGAACUUCAGGAGCUACCGGAGGAUGAUGACGAAGAGGAAGAAGAGGAGUACGAAGACGAUGAUGACGUAGAAGAUGAAGAAGAUGAUGAAGUUGACGAAGCUCCUGCGCCCGCACCAAAGAGCGCUCCUCAGCCGGCUGCCAAAAAGCGAAAGACGCAGCAGCCUGAGGAAGUAGAUGACGAGGACGACGUUGAGGGUGCCGACGAUGAUGAAGUCGAAGGUGCUGACCUUGAGGAUGACGAUGAGGAAGCCGUGCCAGAAGAUGAGGACGAUGAGGACGAUGAGGAAGUCGAGACGACUGCAAAGAAGAGUGGACCAACGGCCAGUGCAAAGGCGAGGAAGGGCGGUCAGGUGCCGAAAGAGGCAGACUUGGCAGAGGUUGAGGAUGAUGACGAAGAGGACUAG